CCCAGCAAGCAACCUCAUUUUUUUUUUUUUUUAAAUUAAUAAAAAAAUCGAAAAUACUUAAUCUUAAAUACCAAUCAAAUUGGCGCCUCCGUUAACAACUUCACUCAAUUUCUACCCAUCCUUUUUCAACAUGGCUCUACCUGGAGACAGAUCCGAAAUCGCCUUCUUCGACGUCGAAACCACCGUCCCCACCCGACCUGGCCAGGGCUUCUCCAUUCUCGAAUUCGGAGCCAUCCUCGUAUGUCCCAAGAAACUCGACGAGCUCCAUAGCUACUCCACUCUCGUCCGACCCGCCGACCCCUCGCUCAUUUCUUCUCUCUCCGUCCGCUGUAACGGCAUCACUCCCGACGCCGUCGUCUCCGCCCCUACCUUCGCAGAAAUCGCCGAUACCGUCUUCGACAUCCUUCACGGGAGAAUAUGGGCGGGUCAUAACAUAGUGAGGUUUGAUUGUGCGAGAAUAAGAGAGGCGUUUGCGGAGGUCGGCCGGGCCCCUCCCGAGCCAAAGGGAACGAUUGACUCCUUGGCAUUGUUGACGCAGAGGUUUGGUAGGAGAGCUGGUGACAUGAAGAUGGCCACUCUAGCCACUUACUUUGGGCUUGGGCAGCAGACACAUAGGAGCUUAGAUGAUGUUCGGAUGAAUCUUGAAGUUCUCAAGCAUUGCGCAACAGUCUUGUUCUUGGAGUCAAGCCUCCCAGACAUAUUCACUGUCAACAGAUCUUUGCUGACUCACAGAAGAGGGGAGGAGGUCUCUGAUUCAGCUGUAGCUAAUCAAGAGGGAACAGGUUCUUUUGUUAUGGACCAACUUAGCAAUCAGAUGGAAAUUGAAUCCACUCAGCCAGAUGUCACCACGGAAGAAAAGACGGAAUUGAUGUCUCCCGAGAUGAAUUCAGCAGCUGCCAUCUCUGAGGGUUCAAGUGGUCAUAAUGCAUUUAUAGAGCCUGAUAAAGUUUCAACUCCUAACGUCAGUGCCUGUUUCGGCCUAGGGUUUCAUGGUAGUCAAAGUCAGAGAAUUAAAAUAUUGCACAGAGAUGUCAUUUUGCAUCUUUAUUGUGCUCGUUUGAGAAUACGAUUUGGAAUAAGUAGGAGGUUUGUUGGCCAUGCUGGUCGGCCACGGUUGAGUUUUGUGGUUGAUGUAUCUCCAAUUUUAUGUGAGGUUCUUGAUGCAUGUGAUAGUGCUGCACGGAAAUUGAGCAUGGAUUCUGGUAGUAAUUCUGAGUGGCAGCCUGUUGUGACCAGAAAAUAUAACCAUCCCACCGCAAGAUUACGCAUACCUACUACUGUAAGUGGCGAUGUUACCCAAUCUGACACUGAGAUAUGCCAGAAAGAACCAUCUGGGACUGUACAAAAGUUUGCGUUCGUCAAAUUUGAUGCUGCAGAGCUCGAUAGCUUGUUCAAACCAGGUACCUUUGUGGAUACAUUCCUCUCCUUUGAUCAAUAUGAUUAUCAGCAGACUGCAGGCAUCCGAUUAGUGGCAAAGAAGUUGAUUAUCCUUUUCGAGUGAUGGAAGAAAAUAGGUCUCGAAGAUUGAUACGUAUGUAAAUCUCCCAUUACUAAUAAUGUCAUCUUAUAUUAUUGACAUUACCAUUUUCGGU